GGCACACAUCUUCACUCCAGUGUGAAAGAACCACAGGGACAAUGCUGAAGAUCAUUGCUGUUGUUGCUCUUCUUGGUGCCUGCCUGUCUUUGGGCUUGGCAGAUGAGGGAGCAUCUCUCACUGACCAUGAUAAAUCUGGCAAACCGAUUCACCAUUCUCUGGUGAUCAAUAAGCAGGAACAGACCGCCACAGUGACUCUGGGAGCUGGCAAGAACUCUUACACCGUCAUCCUUGAUUAUAAGACCGGAAUCAUUGCAUACAGAUCCUUCAGCCAGAAAUCCUGCUUCAUUUCCAGGAUGAACCGGGCCACAAUCCCAUCUCUAGACAAGCUGAGCAGUGCUAUGGAGAGCAGAAAGAACAAACAGGGACCCCCUCCUCCAUCAGUGCAGUACAACAUCAGCCCUGAUCCCAUCAAGGACCAGUCCAAUUUGGGUGCACCAGUUCAAGCCCUGUGCCAAGGACUGCCAUCCUAUUGGGCUCAAGAACAAGUUGGUAACAUGUUCUUCUUUGGAAUUGGAGCCUGUGCUAAUGUAAACCUCCUCUUCAUUCUUGAUGUUGGUCUCUGUGGGCAUGUUGAUGCUUUUUAAAGAAAAUGUUCAUUCUAAUCAUGAAUGCCUCCUCUUAUUGCAUAUUAAAAAACAAAAAACUUUCUAA